AUGAUUGAACAGAGGCCUGAAGCCGACGCGCUCGACGCGGUUGAGGCCAUAGACGAGCACACUUCCCUCCUCCACCCACUGCCAACACCACCAUUGAGAUCAGAAUCAUCAUCCUCAUCCUCCUUAUCAAUCUCUACAGUCGAAGCUUUCUCUCACAUCGUCAAACCUACAACCAACUUCCACCCCCAUCAAGACGAAGGAAGCCAAGCCACCACCCUCACAGGUGAUGACUCUCUCUACCAUCGCGACUUAUCCCCUUCUUCCAACUCGACCCUCAGCAACCUUCCCAACGGAAACCACCACCAUGGAGAAGGCCACCACCCUCACCACCUCUCAGGCGGACAAUGGCGAAAGAACCUGGUCCUCCUCCUGGCCGUCUUCCUCGUCAACUCCGAUAGCGCCAUUCUCCUGGCCAUGUUCCGCCAGAUCGCCAGCGACUUCGACAAGUUGAGCUCAGCGAGCUGGAUCAUCACCUCGUACAUCAUCGGCGUUAUUGUCACCCAGCCGCUGUUUGGAAAACUGAGCGACAUUUACGGGAGAAAACCGAUGCUCAUCAUAGCUUAUGUGUUUUACAUCCUCGGUGGUGUUUUGGCCGGUGCUGGGUUUGCCUUCUGGGGAGUUUUGCUUGGGAGGGGACUUUGUGGUGUGGGAAAUGCGGGCAUUACGGUGUUGAUUUCUACGCUGAUUGUUGGUAUGUUUACCCCCUCCCCCCCUUUCCAGGAAGCAGAUAAGAGGCAAAUUCCACUAACGGGAGGGAAAAAAACGCAAGACCUCGUCCCAAUCCGCGAAGUCGCCGUCUGGCGCGGCUACGUCUACGCUAUUAACCAAGUCGGCCGCGCCAUCGGUCCCUCGCUAGGCGGGAUCAUCUCCGACAGCUUCAACUGGCGCUGGUCGCUCCUUUACCAAGUGCCACUCAACACUUUCGGCCUGAUCUUCAUCUGGUGGAAGAUGUCCUUUCCUUCCCCGCCGUCACCUCACUCUUCUGCCCCCUCUCAUUGCCCCCCGACCUCAUCAACCCCAUCAACCCCAUCAUCAAGCGCAAAAUCCAAACUCUCCAGAAUCGACUUCCCCGGCUCCCUAACCCUCGGCCUCUCCAACGUCUCCUUACUCCUCCUCCUCGACCGGAUCCAACACCCCACCUCACCCUCCACUUCCUCAUCCUCCUCCUCCUUAGACAUAACAACCUUCCUCCAAGACCCCUACACAAUAACCGCCCUCUCCCUCUGGCUCCUCUCCCUCACCUUUUUCCUGCUAAUCGAAUCCUUCUACGCGCGCGAACCCAUCCUCCCUCUACGCCUCCUUUUCUUAACGCAGAACGUGUUGAGUUCUUACGCAAUCCAGUUCCUGCAAACAGUAGCGCAAAUGGCGCUGUUCACCUCCGUCCCGCUUUAUUUCCGGUUGGUAAACGGGGACUCGUCCGUCAAAGUCGCUAUGCGACUGUUGUUCAUCUCCGUAGGUACGGUGUUGGGCGGGUUGGUGUCGGGCUUCGUGAUAAAGAGGACAGGGUUGUACAAGUUGGUUAUCGUCGUGGCUGUUUUGUUGUCGGAUGCGAGUUUUACUGCCAUUUGGUUGCGCUGGAGGGGAAGAGGACUUGGAGGAGGUCAGGGGCAGGGGCAGACGAGCUGGUGGGAAACGGGGUACGGGUUCCCGGUUGGUGUUGGUUUUGGGGUGUCGUUGUCGGCGGCGUUUAUCGGGUUGACUGCUGUUUUGGAGAGUAAACCUGGUCAGGGGGCAAGUCAGGUGGCGGUUGCCACAUCUGGUUUCUACUUGAGUUUGAAUCUGGGCAGUCUGUUUGGAGUCAGUGGAGCGAGUUUGAUCAUCAGUUCUGUGGUGGAAAAGACACUGAGAAAAGAGCUAGAUGGGGUGGUGCCGGACAAAACGGACAUCAUUAAGGAGAUGAUGUCGAAUAUUGACAACAUUGGGGAGUUACCUGGUUGGUUGCAGGAGGUGGUGAAGGGGGCGUACACGAGGAGCUUUGUUUAUGUGUGGUUGUAUGCCCUUGUUGCUGGGUGUUUGGCUCUUGCGGCUAGCUUUAUCAUGAAGGAGGGUCAGUUGGAGGAUAGUCAGUUGAGUCAUCCGCCUUCUGUCAAGCACAAGAAGAGAGGUGGUAGUCAUCCUGGUACGGGGGGACAGGAGGAGCGGGGGCAGAGGGUUGGAUACGGCACUUUUGGAAACGGGGAAAAUAGGGAUGGCGAGGAGGGUUCAACUGUUGCUUAA